AUGGCACAAAAAGAUUUUUGGAGACCAUAUGCAGACUGCCUUGAAGAGAAAAAUGAUUCGAAUGCGGCUGAUGAUGAUUGUGGGCUCGCUGAUGAGAAAAUUGAUGUUCCUGAUCAUUACAACUUUGAAAGACAUUUAUACGGACCAUCACAGUACAACAUUGCAGGCCUUGAAGGAUACCGUGGAAUAUAUUUUGACCUCACUAUAAACAUUAACCUCAUUGAUGGUGUUGAGAAUGAUGAUGAUGAUUAUGAAGCGAUGUAUGAUGAAAUGAUGAUGUCGGAGGAAGGUGACGAAGAUUAUGAUAAUGAUUGUUGUGCUGAUGAUGAUGACAUCAGUACUCAUGAUGAUGGUGAUGAUGAUAUCGAGGGUGAGGAUGAAAAUAAUAUUGAUGAAGAAAGUGAGAAUGAUGGCAAUGGUGACAGUAAUCCUGAUGAUGAUGAUGGUGAUGAAACUGAGGGUGAUAAAGAAAAUAAUAAUACUGAUGAAGAAAGUGAGAAUGAUGACAAUGGUGGCAAUACUCAUGAUGAUGAUGGUGAUGAUGAUACUGAGGUUGAUGAUGAAAAUAAUAAUACUGAUGAAGAAAAUGAGAAUGAUGGUGAUGAAAAGAAUGAUGACAGUAAAACUGAUGGCAGUGAUGAAAAGAAUAGUGAGAAUGAUAGGAGUAAUGAUGAUGAUAAUGACAAAAAGAAAGGCCGAAAAAGAAAGCGUAGUUAUUACAAUUUCACCAUAAUGGGUAUAAGACCCCCGAAGAUAUGA